UUCCUCGGCUCCCAACAUUUCGAAUAUUUUGUGCUCGUCGCAAGCUCCUUAGAGGGAGCACCUCUAUUGACAAUGUCAUGCAGUCCUUUGGUAUGGCUGCUGAGCGUUUAUUUUCUGAUGAGUCGAGAGGCCCUAACCGCAAAAUUUUUGUGUGUGUCUUUCCCCGCUUUCGACCAGCCGCGGGAUAACUUCUCCAGAGUCCAGAUAAUGUGGGUGUACGUCUCUGUACGGUUGUGGAAUCUAGGCUGUUCUCGAAUAUUUCGCAAGGUUGUUAUGUGUGCAUGCAGGAUUCGUCUCGCAGGUCGUAUUUUGGGAGAACACAGAAGUUCAGGCCUCAGGAUCUAUGUUUGUUGCAUGAACCACCGUGAGGCAGGUCCAACACAUGAUUUGCCCGCUCACAUCGCCCCAUUCUGUUGUGGUCUGAUUCGUCUAUCCUUAUACAAUUAAUUCUUUGUUAUUCUUCUUUUAGCCUUGAGCCAUCGUGGCAUUUUCGCUGUAUACCGUGAUUGCAGCUACCAGUCGUCGUAUGAGUAAACUUUGCGUACUAGGUUGUCGAUAUCUGGACUCAGU